AUGGAAAACGAGCCGUUUCCCGAUUUUUGUUUCCUGAUUAAAAAUUUAAAAAUGGAUUUUAAAAAUCCGGCGUGGAAAUCGGAUUUCUCAUUUUUCUUCAUUUUUGUAUCUUGACCCGGAAAUGAUCGAACUCUCGCGGCACACGCAGACAUUGGCGGUACGUUUGAUUUGAUUAGGAGCCAUGAUUCACAUAUACAUCUAAGAAGACAUGUCGUUGCACGAAUAUGCAGAUUUUAUUGCAGUAAGCAGAAUAAAUGGCAAGUGUUGUAGCGAAAUCGCAUCAAUGUUAUGCACCCACUUCGGAACAAGACGGGGUUUUUCUGAGAGGAAUGUGCGGAGAUGGUGUGCUGAGCAGGGGCUGCUCACACAAUUCUGUUCAGACAGCCAGCUUGAAGUUGAAGUCGCUGAAGGUAUUGCUGAGCAUGUAGUGACCUGUGAAGUCUGUCUUCCCCCCCCCACUUCUAGACUGGAUCAUCUUUUGGUCGAAAAAUGAUGACUGGAUAUCUUUCUGCAAAAGGCAUUAAAGCUUCUGAAGGCAGAGUGGGCAAAGUGUUGAGAAGCAUUCAUCAACCCUAUCAUGCAGCAAGACAGCAGGGUGCCCGAAAUCUCAACCCCAUACCCUACAAUGCAGAAUACAUGGGUCAUAAGCUUCACUUAGAUCAAAAUGAAAAACUUGUUAUGUUUGGAGUGACCCAUGUCAUGGCUAUUGAUGGUUUCAGCAAGAAGAUUGUCAGUCAUUCCACCAUGCCGGUAAAAAACAACAUCAUCAUUUACGAGGAUGUGUACAGACCUGCUCUGCUUUCUUGUGGACUGUGGGAUCAGGUCAGAGUUGACUGUGGGAAGGAGUUUUACCUGGCACUGUUCAUCCAGGAAAGGCUGGCACAAUACAGAUACAAUUAUGAGAAUAAGCCGAGUCAUGCUGUUUUAAAAUAUGCACAGAACCAUGUGAUUGAGAGAAUGUGGUCAGAGGUAAAUGCCCGAGUCAACUAUCCUCUGAAGACUGCUUUGGUACAACUGGUGGACAUGGAGGAACUGGACAUGGAGGACAGCACAUCCAAGUACUGUGUGUCAAACUUGACAUGCCAGAUGGCCAGGAUUGGUAUCACUAAUGUUGUAGAGGCAUGGAAUGCACACAGAAUCCCAGGAAAAGGAAUACCAAAUGAACUGGCUAAAGGGGGGUGUCCUGCAAAAAUUGCUGAGGAACUUCUGCCUAAUGGUGCCGCUGCAGCUGACCUGUAUCAGCAGGAGGUGGGAUCAGCCUUGAAGAGAGAUUCCAUUUUUGGACUGGAGCCUUUCUCCUCUGAAGAAGCCAAACAGUGGACUGAAACAGAGUUUGGUUCUCAUUUUGACUUGUUUUCACUUUACCAAAACGUGGUUCAUCAUAACUAUGGACCCUUUAAAGAUGCUGUUAGGUUUCUUAUUGACAUCACCAGAUGUUGUGUGUGAUCCAUUAGUGGUAUUCAAUGAAGAAACGAGUAAACUUCUCCAAAAAAAAUUUAUUACAGAGAAAACUACAAGCUGUUUCAAUUUAUAACAGUUCAAAUAAUUUGUAUUUACAAUCUUGUUUCUGAUUGUUGGCAAUAAAGGAGAACUUGCAAUUCUC